AUGAAAAGCCUAUGCAUUGAUCUUUUUAAGAAUUGCAGUGCAACCAGUUUGGCGGGUACUAGGAGCAGCAGAGUUUUAACUUACAGGUUUCAGAGAACCAACUAUCAGACGCAUCUGCCCUCCACCAAACUUACAUUCUCUUCCUACUCUACUAAAACUUGCUUUGCAACUCUAUCAACCGUAACCUCGGAGGUGGAAGAAAAGCAAACAUUCAAUCCUGACAAAGCUGGCGAGCUAGUUAAGGAGCUGCGGAACAGUUUCAAUUCGGGUAGGACGAAAAGCUAUGAGUGGAGAAUGUCACAAUUGGAGAACAUUGCAAAGAUGCUUGAAGAGAAAGAGAAAGAGAUUACUGAAGCUCUUUACAAGGACCUCUCGAAGCCUGAAGUCGAAGCAUUUAUAUCUGAGAUUGUUACUGCAAAAUCCUCAUGUAACGAGGCACUGAAAGAAUUAAGACAGUGGAUGAUUCCCCAAAAGAACUCGGUGGAAAAGUCCCCGGCUGUUGUCCAUUCAGAUGUCGAUUUACAAGUUGCAGUUAGGAGGACAAUAGCAGGGAAAUGGGCAUUGAACAAUGGACAAGCUUGUAUCGGUGUUGAUUACAUUAUCACUACAAAGACUUUGCUCCAAAGUUGGUACGAUGCUCCCCCCUAG